GCUCAGACCACAACUUCCCCUCGUAGCUGUGAAGUACGCAACACCCGAGCGCUGAGACAUCGCCCAGCGUCUGCUGCUGCUGUUCCAGUCCGUGUUUCAGCCGCGUUUCAGCCCGUCACAAUGGGAGCGAGGGCCGGGAGUCGACUGCUGGCCAUCGUCCCUCUCUGGAUGUGUUUCGGCAGAGCCGCUGCUCUCUCGGAGCCAGAGAUCUGCUACGUUCUGGAUGGGAUUCUUUUCCUGUACGGCAUCAUUCUGACCGCGCUCUACUGCAGGGUCAAGAUCUACAACGCCAGAGAGGCCAGCGACGGAAAAGGAAAGUCAAAGCAGAAUGUGGAAGAGGGCAUCUACACGGGUCUGACUCCUCACAAGCAGGACACAUACGAAACCAUCGGCAUGAAGAAGUGAUCUCACCCGGCCGCAGCAACUGUCUUGUUUUUUUUUCUUUUGUAUUUAAACAUAACACAUGUCACACUCUGCUUUUUUAUACCAGCGCUCGUUUCCCCAUUUUGCUUUUGUUGAAUCGACUAGAAGUUGAGGAGGAAGAGAUAGAAAAGAAGAAGUGAUGCGGCUUUCUGUAUGAGAUACUCUUCCUGUCCUCUAGCACAUAUUUAACAUUUUAUUUUGACUACUGAUGUCCUGAAGAUGCAUUUAAACGCUUAAGUGUGAAAAUAAAAAUAGGAUUGCAGUGAGAGGUUUUAUAUUUUGUGUAGAUUUCAGGACCAAAACACGCUGAUGGAAAUUUCAUUCUUUACUAUUUUUGUAAAUUUGACAAAUUGCAUGUACUUUCCUUCUAUUUGUGCUAUUAUUGUUUUAUUUUUGUAUGCCAUAAUUUGACAAACAGAGAAUUAUAAGGGGGGGAGAACAUAUGUAAGAAAUGUGAUCAUACUGAGCAGUAUUUCCAUUACACCACAUGGUGUCAGUGAUGGCAUCUCCUUCACCUGUCUGAAGCUGUUACAUGUACGCAUGAGACUUUGUUUUGCACGCAUAUUCAUAUUAAAGAACUUCUCGUUUAGAAAUAC